GAAUAGCGGAAGAAGAAGGGGUAACAGUCACCCUGCAGCCACCGAGUGUAAAUGAACGACGUUCAUCUACUGAUAUGUCUGCAGGUUGUGUGAAGUGGCUUCUAAGUCACACAGUGAAAACUGUGUCCAGCACCAGGCCUGGCUACUGGACACCAGCAUCACAAUUAGCAAUAUGCUAUAAAAGACAUAACCUCAUCGCUGCCUCAUGGAGAUGGUCACCUUUUUCCACAGAGGUUGAAGGUACAGAGCAGACGCCUGCACCAAAGAAAAAGAAGCAGGAUCCCCGGGCUCGUGUCUCAGUCAGCAGUGUUGGCCGAAAGAUCCCUCAGCGAGAGAUUCAGGUGAUCAGCGAAACUGGUGAGAAUCUGGGCAUCAUGCAUCGAGCUGAUGUAAUCAAAGUCAUGGAUGAGAGGAGUCUCAAAUUAGUACUACUGAGUGAACACAAAGACCCCGCGGUUUACAGACUGAUGAGUGGCAAGCAGAUCCACGAGGAGCAGCUGAAACUGCGAGAGAAAAACAAGGCGAAAGCAGUUCCUGUGCAGGUGAAGGAGCUCACCUUUUCAGCUGGCAUGGCAGCUCAUGACCUCACCACCAAACUGAAACAAGUAGAGAAUUGGUUGAAGAAGAACCACCACAUUAGGAUCACUCUGCAGGCAAAAGGUGCAAAACCCGCUGUUGACCUGGACACGGCUCUGGAGCAAAUGGUGGAACAGAUGGAGGUAAUGGUGGGGUUUGUUGCCAAACCAAAAGUCAUAAGAGAUGGUCAAGCAGCCACGUGCAUCCUCAGACCGCCGUCAGCGAAAGAACUGUCACAAAAAAGGAAAAACAAAGCUGAGCCACAGUCCACACAAUCCCCGUCUGAGGCACAUCAGAGUCAAACGCCUCCUGUUAGCAGCACAGACAAAACAACAGUAAUGUGAUAGAAAUAAAACUUUUUCACAAAA